UUAUUAUUAUUAUUAUUAUUAUUAUUAUUAUUAUUAUUAUUAUUAUUAUUAUUAUUAUUAUUAUUUUACAGCAGAAAACAACUUGCUGUUCCUGAAAAAAAAGAAGAAAAAAUAGGGGUUCAAAAGACACAAACACUGCUGUGUAACUUAAUACCAGUUUAUCGCUUUGGAGGUCUGGGUGUAUCAGGACGUUGAGGAGGGAGAGACAUGAUGGCUAGUAUGUUGGUUAAAAAGAAAGAUGUGAUAGUUGCUUAUUUAUUUCUUUCCCCCCUCAAAAUGUCGUCAAAAGGAAUGCUAUUAUUGUUUGUAAUACGAACAAAAAAUAAGAAACCACUUUAUAUCAAUACAGUAGUUGAACAUAAAAAAAAAAGCCUUUGUUUGAGUAUAUACAUAUUUCAACUCUUUUUUUUUCAAUUUCACUACUGGUUACAAAGGGUCUCAUCUUAAUUAUGUAGGGCUAAUUCAUAUUUAUUUGGAAAGUAUUGAUUUAUUGAUUGUAAUGUUAAAUAAGUACCUACCUGUGGAUGAAAUAAAGUGUCACAUAAAUUGAGUAACCUGAUCUGCAAUCCAGACUUGACAUUUGUAACACACAGUCAGCUAUUUUAGUCAAUUGAGCUAAUGAGUUACAACUUGAAAAUAUCCUAUGUGUUUACACAGAAACAAAA